GCCGCACUCUACCCAGUCUUCGCCGCCAUUGGUGAGAGUGGUUCCUGCUAAGUCCCGGGCCUGAACCGAGCGAGAGAGCGGGCCACGGCCUUCCCUAGCCCACACAGCGGACCGCGGCCUUCCCACAGCCGGCACAGUUAAUCACAUCUCGACAGCUUCCAGCCGCCUGCCCUCAGCCACCGCCCGCGGCCUACAGCCAGGAGCCCGGCCUGCCCAGCGCUCCCACCCCUCUCUACAUGAAUGAUGUCUGCCACAAGCGUGGACCCGCAGAGACCAAAAGGACAAGACAGUAAAGUUUUUCCACUAGGGCGCUCAAACAAUGAUCUUAUUUCAGUUCAAAACGGAUCCCUGCACCAGAAGGACAGCGUCCAUGAUAAUGACUUCGAGCAGUAUCUCUCAGGACAGUCCAACCAGAGUAACAGCUACCCUUCCAUGACGGACCCGUAUCUCUCCAGUUACUAUCCUCCGUCUAUUGGCUUCCCGUACUCCCUCAGUGAGGCACCGUGGUCAACUGGUGGAGACCCUCCAAUCCCGUACCUCACCCCGUAUGGACAACUCAGCAAUGGAGACCAUCACUUCAUGCAUGACGCCGUUUUCGGCCAGCCAGGCGGUCUGGGGAACAACAUCUACCAGCAUCGCUUCAAUUUCUUCCCGGAAAACCCUGCCUUCUCUGCCUGGGGGACUAGCGGUUCUCAGGGACAACAGACCCAAAACUCUGCCUAUGGGGGCAGCUACAGCUACCCACCGAGUUCCUUGGGGGGCACAAUAGUCGAUGGACAGACUGGGUUUCACAAUGAGACUCUCAAUAAAGCUCCGGGUAUGAACAGCAUUGAGCAGGGCAUGGUGGGUCUUAAGAUUGGCAGCAACGUCAGUGCUUCUGCGGUGAAGACUUUAGGAUCUGUGGUCAACAGUGUAGGGAUGCCAAGUGCCCUCACUGGCAAUGGGGGCACCAGUAUAAGUAUGCCACCCUCCAAACCGACCUCCUGGGCAGCCAUAGCCAGUAAACCUGCCAAGCCACAGCCCAAAACAAAAACUAAGCCCGUGACCAUAAUCGGAGGGGCCCUGCCACCGCCUCCCAUCAAACAUAACAUGGACAUAGGUACCUGGGACAACAAGGGGCCCGUGACUAAGCCCCCCAUGCCUCAACAAAUACCGUCCCCUCAAUCCAUCUCUCAGCCUCAACCGCAACAACAGCUGUUGCAGCCCAUCCCUGCUCAGCCCCCUCCACUUUCUCAGCCCCCUUACCAAAAUCCUCCACCACCCCCUCAGCAGCCGCAGCCCCCGCAGAACCGCUGGGUUGCCCCUCGCAACAGGAAUGCUGUCUAUGGGCAAGGUGGCGGUUCCGACGGGAACCCGUUGGGUGGUGCUCAGCCUCACUCUGUUCCUGGCAGCGAUUCGCACCCAGUUCUGGAGAAGCUGAAAGCCGCCCACAGCUACAACCCUAAGGACUUCGACUGGAACCUGAAAAAUGGCCGCGUGUUUAUCAUAAAGAGUUAUUCUGAGGAUGACAUCCAUCGUUCCAUCAAGUACUCGAUCUGGUGUAGCACGGAGCACGGGAACAAGCGUCUGGACAGCGCUUUUCGCUCCAUGAACGGCAAAGGUCCUGUCUACCUGCUCUUUAGCGUCAACGGCAGUGGACACUUCUGUGGGGUGGCAGAGAUGAGGUCUCCUGUGGACUAUGGCACCAGUGCUGGCGUCUGGUCUCAGGACAAGUGGAAGGGCAAGUUCGAUGUCAAGUGGCUGUUUGUCAAGGACGUCCCCAACAACCAGCUCAGGCACAUCCGCCUUGAGAACAACGACAACAAACCCGUCACAAACUCCCGAGACACGCAGGAGGUGCCCUUAGAAAAAGCAAAACUGGUGCUUAAAAUCAUUGCCACUUACAAGCACACGACCUCCAUCUUUGAUGACUUUUCUCAUUAUGAGAAACGGCAAGAAGAGGAAGAGGUCGUGCGCAAGGAACGCCAGACCCGAAGCAAACAAUAAGGAUUCCGCUUCAUCUUUAUGAUUAGAACUGAUCUAAACAAACAAAAAAACAAA